AUGAACGAUCCUGUUGGGAAGCGAUAUGAGAAGUUGAAGCAUUUGGGAGAAGGUCAAUUCGCUAACGUCUACAAAGCGAAGGACAAUACCUCUGGGGAGAUUGUGGCUAUCAAGAAAAUCAAGCUCGGCUCGAGGACAGAAGCUCGUGAUGGCGUCAACCGGACUGCCCUGCGUGAAAUCAAGCUGUUAAAAGAGAUUCAUCACGAAAACAUCAUCUCUCUUCGCGACGUUAUCGGCAACAAGAGCAGCAUUUCGCUCGUCUUCGAUUUUAUGGAGACUGACCUCGAGCAUUUGAUCAAGGACUCAAAUAUCAUCUUGACAACGCCGCACAUCAAGAACAUGAUGCUCCAGACGUUUCUCGGACUCAACUUUCUUCAUGUCAACUUCAUCGUCCAUCGGGAUCUCAAGCCCAACAAUUUGCUGAUGAACAGUGCCGGUCGAGUGAAGAUUGCUGAUUUUGGUCUCGCCCGUUUCUUCGGGUCGCCGAAUCGCGUGUAUACACAUCAGGUCGUCACACGAUGGUACAGGUGUCCAGAGCUCUUGUAUGGGGCUCGAAGCUACGGAGUGAAUGUUGACAUCUGGGCGAUGGGAUGUAUUUUUGCUGAGCUGUUGCUGCGAAACCCAAUUUUCCCCGGCGAAAGUGAUCUCGACCAGUUGAUCAAGAUUUAUCGUUUUCUGGGUACGCCAACCACGGAGGACUGGCCUCUAAUGGAGAGCCUGCCAGACUACAUCCCCUUCAGGGAGCCCUGUCAACGUGUCGAUUUGCGCCAAGUCUUCUCCGCGGUAUCAGAUUCGGCGAUCGAAUUGCUAGAAAAGAUGCUCGAGUUUGAUCCGCUGAAGCGAUGGGAUAGCGACCAAUGCUUGAGCUCCGUCUACUUCCAGGUCGAACCCUUCGCUUGUGAUGAUUCCGAAUUGCCUUUGCCAAAUAGGAGCGGCCCGGCUGUCUCUAAAAGACGUCGUCCUAUGGAAGAUGGCGUGAAAGAUUCACCGAUUCGCCGUCUCGUGUUUGAU